AAAAAAAAGAUGCUUGUAUCAUCCGAUGUUCCCUGUUAUCAGAGCAGAUGUAGUCACCCUGAUAGGGCAUUGGGCUAAACUGAUUUCAUUGACUUAAACAUUGUUAAACAAUUUCAAAUGUAGCUUUGGAAACUGUGUUCUGACCCUGUUUAAUAAUGUUUAAAAAUGCGUCAAUGAAAUUGGCUUAGCCUAUGGCUUUUAUUACAUUAUCUGUUCUCAGUGACACGGAUUCUGUGUUUUAUGUGUGGACUGGUUCUAAGUAACCUAAAUAAAUAAAUAAGUAAAUAAAUAAUGAUCCCAGCUGAAGAGUGUGGCUUAUCCCUAACCCAUCGAAUUUGUUUCAGAAUUGGUAAAUCAUGAGAAAUACCUCAAGGAUGCCCUAUCAGCGAUAAAGUUCUAGGAAAUGCCUUCAAGAGGUUGAGCUGGUGUUGGGAGUCCAGUGUGCAUCUUUUCCCCCUCUUACCCUCUCACCCCUUACUGCUCUUCCCCUUCCAUUUACCCUCCGUGUCAUUGUUGUGACGCCACUACUGAAUUCCACAUAAUCAGCUUGGAAAUGUAACAUAAAACAUUAAAUAUGUUUUUACUAAUUGUGAUCUGCUAAAAUCACAAUUGAAGUGCUCUGUCGAAGCAUUUUUUUUUUAAAUUUCAGAAGCAGUAUUUAAGUGAUGACAUGCAGUAAUUUGUUCAUUCUUCUGUCAGUAUAAUUUACAAGACAGUGGCAGAUAAACAUAGCAAUACAAGAUUCAUUUACAGUGACACAAUGGCAGAUACACAGAGCAGAACCCUGCCUAUGAGAUAAAGUGGACUGAGUGACUUAUGCAGUAAUUAGGGGAUAAUUGUCAUUAACCUCACAAACAGUAGUUUACCCAUAUUGUUUAAAAGGCUCCAGGAUGCGUAAUGACAAGGUAAUCUGUCAAAGCGCUAGGGGGAAAUAUUAAUAAGAUUUGUGCAAGCCUGGAUAGAAAAUAUGCAGAAAGCGGCCACAUUAAGCUAAUUGGUGGAUGAAUAUACACUUGUAAAAGUGCUUCUAAUGGCACGUUUGCUGCUCUCCAAAUGACUACCGUUAAUGUGGAGAAGUGGGCUGCUUAGAAAGUCAGGACUGCUGGGACAAGAGGGUAUUAAGACAUGCAGACAUGGUUAUUACCUUGCUCUAUAAUGCAUGCUUCUUCCUCGUAUCCUCCUUUAUUUUGAAUUUCUGAGUUUUUUGUUAUAGUAACAUAUAUUGAUUAGUAACUGAUUAUUCUGUUUUUGAUCUAUAUUUGUUCAGGCAGCCACCAACCCCAAAUCACUUCGACUUUGUAACCAAAUAAAAUGUGUAAUAUCUGCUUUGAUAGCUGCUUAUAAAUAUAUAGAAACUGUUAAUGCAUACGUGGAUUUAUAAUUAUACAUACACGUGUGGGGGGUGCCUUUUAUAGAACACAUUUAAUCUCAGCAAUCAAAGGAAAGUAUAUCCAUCAACAGCCUUGUGUAUGUAUUACAAGUAAUAAUGUGUUGUUCCCUGAUGAAUGCUAAAGCAGGAAAUUAAUCUUUGUGUUCUACUGCCGUUCUUAUGCCCAGAGAAGAACAAAGUUAAAUCUCCCAAUACAUCUUUCUCUUCAAUCAUGCACUCCAUCCUCUGUGUGUUUUAUAGAAUACUCAAUCCUUGCUGUUUUAUGGAAUACUGCUUAGUGAGUGUUCAGGCCCUCUCUACUCCUGCUCCCUCAUAUCCUAAGGAAUAUGUUAAAGUUCCUUAGGGUUGUGCAGUCAUCUCCAGUUGUAGAGUAAUUCAAAGUAUAAUAUGUGAAAUAGAAUCAUCUUUUCAAGCUUUGGAAGCUAUGAUCACAUUGGGCUAUCCUUGGUUGCACAGAUAAAAUGGCAAAGCUCAGAGCUUGUGGCCUUGAAUUUGUCCCAAGGUUUCGGCCCCUACUUGAUGUGUAAAAUCACUUUCAUUGUGAAACUUUAUCAGACAUUAUAGGAAAGCACAUCAGGAAAUGCCAGGGUCUCAAGCAUUUAUAUUUAGAUAUGUAAAGCCCCACCACAGACCCCUAGAGAUAUAUGGAUGCUUUCUAUGGAUCCAGUGGCAGAACUUUGGUUGUAGAAAGAGAGGUAAAGGAGAAAAUGUCAUCUUCAAAGCAAAAAUGUUAGGGCUCUGGUAAGUUAUGUUUAUUGCAAAGCAAACAGAUUUAUAACUGUCAUAGGGCUCGUGCUUUAUCUUCAUGUCUGAGAGGAGAAGGAAACAAGACCACUUUCAGGGGCCAUCCUUUUCUUUCUUCCUGUUGCCAUUGUCAUCAUUGUGAGUAUUUCAAACUGCUGCUUUGCUAUCCUGAAUGUUAAAAUGAUUUACUUCUAGCAUCUCAGUGAUGAUCAUUGUCGAAUGAAUAACUUGUGUCCUUUUAAAGGGUUUAAUUGGAGGGAGGGUCUUAUAUGCAAAUACUGCUCUUCCUUGGAACUGCAAAGGUUGCUGGAAGACCAGAGAUAGUUACUUACAGCUUUAUGGAGGAACAGCAUUUAUUUUGGAAUGGUUGAUUCUCAGGUUGCAGAGUUCUCACAAACCCUAACUGAUGGGAUUUUGAGGGGUUCCCAUGGCCUCUUAGGGACUUUUUGAGCAGUUUUCCUAAGUUUUCAGGCAAAGUUUCCACUUGAGCUGAUCAUUGAAUUGACUAGGAGUAAACUGAUUAAUCCAGAAAAGUGAAUACCUCUAAUUAUGUCACUGAUAAGGAGCCCCAGACAGAGGCAUCAAGGGAGGCAUCCAGAAUAUAGGACAUAAUACAGUAACUCUCAGAUGAGGGCAUGCUUUCAAUCACAAAUGAAUGCAUUCUAAAAAUAAUCUACAGACAAGGUUAAAAGGAAAAAUAAUAGCCUAGAGCUUAAAACAUUUUAAUUUUAAUUAAAAUUAUUUAUGUGUCCAGACUGUAGGCAUAGAUAGAAGAAUGAUGGAAUUUGAGAGUCAAAUAAUGGAAUUUUGGUGUAGCAAGGCCUAGAAAAUAUAGUCAGACUGACUUACCUAGGAGAAAGCGUAAGCUGGGUAUUGGUGGUUUGACAGCCAACCCAGCUGGUCACUGGCAAAACCAAGACUAGAACUUAGGUGUUACUCACUUACAAUUUUUAUUUCCCUCUGAGGUUGACUCUAUAAAUUAUGUUAAAUGAAUCAACAUCUGAAACUUUAAGAUGCAAAUUCUGUUUUAGCUUGCAGGUGCAGAGUUAGAUAUCCUGUGCUUACACUAAGGACACGGGUAGUUCUAUGUUGGAAUUUGGUAUGCUAGGAAUAUCAGCUGGGUUUAAUAUCUCUAUUUAGACACUUAAAUGAUUCCUAAUAUACUAUUAAUAAAUACUAAAAUAUACCAUGUCUUUAAAAGUCUCUCAAGUUUGAUUUACAAUAGAGUUAGGUAAUUUGAAAAAUACUUUUUGAAUCAUGUAAACAUUACAGAAAGUAAUUUCCUCUGCUGUAAUUUUUUUAAAGAUUUUAUUUAUUUAUUCAUGAGCGACACAGAGAGAAAGGCAGAGACAUAGAUAGAGGGAGAAGCAGGCUCCCUGCAGGGAGCCAGAUGUGGGACUCAAUCCCAGGACUCCAGGAUUACGCCCUGAGCCGAAGGCAGACGCUCAACCGCUGAGCCACCCAGGCGUCCCUGAAUUUUUUUUAAUAUGGAAAAGCAAGGCACCUGCUUUAUUUAUUUGCAAACAAAUGCCCAUAGAGGAAAUGCAUAUGGUUGUUUUAAGCUAAACAAGCUAAAAUUCCUGAGUACAAAGAAGAAAUCCUGACAGGCCUUUAAUAGAGUUUAGCUGGGGAGUCUAUGAUUAGGUAUAUUGUAACACUGGAGUGAUCUAUCAUCAUCACAGUUUUUAAAGUAAAAAUGCUGUACAGACUGUUACUAAGGGAGAAAAAAAAGUGAUAGUCCUCUCUGAAUUAUAUAUUCUUAUCUGGUCCAUAAUGAAGAACAUUCUAUAGCAAAGUGAAUUUUCUAUCAAAAGUCAAACAAUAUGUUUUAAAAAUUACAGGAACCAUUUAAAACUAGUGCCCUGGCAUUUUGAUAAUGUUAUUUUAGUUAGAGAGGUGAUCAGUUUGGGAGGAUGUAUUGUUCAAUUUUUCAAUAAUUUUUUUUUCUCUUAAAAAAUACCUUUUUCAGUGAAAAGUAUUUUCAACUGUGGAUCAGAAAGUGUUGAGGUUUAUUAUAUAUUGAAAAAUGUCAACACUAGUGCCUAAAAGUCACAUAAAAUUACCAUGUUGCUUUCUUCUUCUGCUACCAAUUCCAAUCAAGGACCAUGGAACUUCUAGUUCCAUCCAAGGAGAGGCAUUCCUUGACUUUGUACUUUUUUUGCAGUUAAUUGAAUAUGCCUUACUUCAAUGUACCACCAUUCUCCAUAAUCCAGCACUUGGAAUGUUUUAAGACUGACUUAUAAUGAGGUUCAUGUACAGUAAGAGUAAACCAAGAGUGAUACAGUCUCUAUGUACAUGUGCAUAUUUCAGUACAUGCAGAUCUGUAUAAUAAGUAACUCUUUUAAAGCCAAUCCCUAUGCGCAAACAGUAUUUAUAGAGAGCAGACUUCAGUGUUUGCAUGUCCGCUAACAAGGACUAAGGUUUUCCUUUUUUAAAAAAGAUUUUCUUUAUUUUUUCAUGAGAGACACAGAGAGAGAGGCAAAGGGAGAAGCAGGCUCCCUGCAAGGAGCCCAAUGUGGGACUUGAUCCUGGAUCCCGGAUUCCAGGAUCAUGCCCUGAGCUGAAGGCAGACGCUCAGCCAUUGAGCCACCCACGUGUCCCUAAGGUUUUCCUUUUGAGAGAAAAUUCUGGAAUGCAAAGUUUUCUAAGAGUUCUAGCAUUCUAACCAAUGAUGGAUAUUCCUGUAGCAUUCAUUUCUCCUUAUCUGAAUCAGAAAGAUAUUUCAAUCAGAAAUAUCUUGAUAUUUCAAAUCAAGAUUUUUAUAAUCUGGACAUUCUGAAUUUAUCACCAGCUUCUAUAAUCACAGCAAGCCAAACUAUACCUAGCUCUAAUGUUUGCAUGCUCAUUUUAAUAACUAUGACGGUCCUGGGUUGAUGAGGAAAGCAUAUUUGUUUUCCAAAGGGGAUGUUCAUGUGGACAAAUGUUAACAAAUAAAGUACAGUCCUGAUUACUAUUAGUUAGUAGUUUUUCUUUUCUGUCUGUGCCACACUCUGUUGAUUCUUUCUCAUGGUACUCAGUCUUAGAGAGGAGCAGAGGAAGCAAGAAUGUGACUGGUCAGCUUUAUAUUUUGAAGGUAAAGUGAUGCUCUUGAGAAAUUCUGCAAAAUACAAAUUUCCAAAUCAUAGAAGUUGAGUAGGGUUUUCAUUACCCAAAACAAAUGUUGAUUUUUUUUAUCAGGUCUAAUUUGAACCAUUUGGUGCAAUCAUGGUAUAAAUGAGUAUUUUCAUUCUGCCUACAGAUAUUACAGUUGUUUCAGCUGGCCUAGAAACAUUAGCCUAAAAUAGUGGUGGAAAAGCACAAUCACAUAAAAGAGCUCUGUGUGAAUAAAGAAUGGUAUAAUUUUGUUUACUUAUACAACCAAACUGCUCCAGUGUAUAUUGUAUAUGCUAGUGGUACAUCUUUCUCAAUCAGUGCCCUCCAAGAAAUAUGUGUUUAAAUGUAAAUUUGCUAAAACAAAUAAGCAUGCCAAGUUCUUUUCCCACAUAAUUUCAAGUGUUUCUCAGAAAUUAUCACAACAUUGCUUAAAAAAUUUCCCUAAGUACUUCCCAGAAUCUAUUCCUUUCAAUAAUUUUUUUUCUUUGACCAUUUUUAUUCCUCUCCCCUUCUUUCCUGCUUACAUACACAUACAUGCAGGCACAUAGACACACAAAACUUUGACCCAUCCACAUUUAGGAUUGCCAAGUCAUAAAUUAUAGAGAUAGAUAAAAUUUAACAAGAAGGGGGCGGGGAUUGGUCGUGAUGUAAGUGGGGAGCACCCAGACCAGUUCAGUUUUUUGGCUGAAGAAAAAUGUUUUCACAAUGGCUUGACUUUAGGUAGACUGUUUGAAUGGAAAUAUCUGCAAGUUAUAUGCAGACCCAUCUAAGUUCUAAAACAGGUAACCAGUGGGAGAAUGGGACAAAGGAGGGCUGAAAGUUUUAUGACUUCUAUGAUUUUUUAAAAAAAAAAAUGUGUAAUGUUCAAAGGCUUCCUUUCCACAGAGUAUCUCCCUCAAACUCUUGCUACUUCUAGUCCUCAGUCUGCCCUCUCCACCCACGAGUGGCACUCAUGAUCUCUGUUCUCAGACCCCAUCUGUUAAGUUGAUGGAAUACCCCUGUUUAUAUCAUCGAGAUAAUGGUCUGAGCCCAUUGCUUGCUCCUGAGGUGACCCAGCAAUUAGAUGAUAUAUUUCCUAAUUUCUGGGUCACAUCCUGACACAUGUCCACCUAACCAAGAGUCUAGCACGAAGUAGAGGAGAGCUAAGGUGAAUUAGCUGACAGUUCCUCAUCAACAUCAUCCAAAGUGUUCGUGAAGAUGUGUGUGCAUAUACUACCUGUCUGCCACGUGUCCGUAUUAACUGUGUAGGAAAGCAAUCUCUAGUUUUUAUGACUGAACACCCCUUUGGUAAAAAUAUAUGAGCUUGGAGCUUAAUAUAUUUACAACUAUUUCUAAGUUAGUUUAACAUAUUGCUGUAAAGCCACAUAUAAAAUAUUAGUAAGGGGAUCCCUGGGUGGCUCAGCGGUUCAGCACCUGCCUUCAGCCCAGGGCAUGAUUCUGGAGACCUGGGAUUGAGUCCCACAUCAGGCUUCCUGCAUGGAGCCUGCUUCUCCCUCUUGCCUGUGUCUCUGCCUCUCCCUCUCUAUGUGUGUCUCUCAUGAAUAAAUAAAUAAAAGAAAUCUUUAAAAAAAUAAAAAAUAAAAUAUUAAUAAAAAUCUUUUAGGUUAAAAAAAGAAAAAGGAAAACUUUUGUUUACUUCCAAUGUCACAGUGGAUUAUGGGGCAUACCCUACUGAUGGGAGAGACGUGUGUGUUUGUUAUUCCGGCCACAAAACAAGGCAGGAAACAAGAAAUAAGAUGAUAUAUAAAUGGGAAAUUUGGGCAGUCCUGGUGGCACAGCGGUUUAGUGCUGCCUGCAGCCUGGGACGUGAUCCUGGAGACCCGGGAUCGAGUCCUGCGUCGGGCUCCCUGCGUGGAGCCUGCUUCUCCCUCUGCCUGUGUCUCUGCAUUUCUCUCUCUGUCUCUAAUAAAUAAAUAAAAUCUGUAAAAAAAAAUGGGGAAAUUUAUGAAUUCUCGAGUUCUAAGUAUGAUUUUAUGCAAUUUAUAUGAGUUAAUGUUUUAAGUCGACUUCAUUAAGGCAUAUUUUGCAUACAGUGAAACAUACUGAUUUUAAGUGUAUAUAUUCAUGUGUAUUAAAGUGUAUAUAGUAUAUAGUCAUGAUCUAGAAUGUUUCCAUCACCCCACAAAGUUCCUCAGUGUUCUUUGCAGUCAGCCCCUGUCCCCUCCCUCACUCCUUGGCAACCACUGAUCUUUCUUCUGUUCAGUCUUACCUUUCCCAGAAUUUCUGUGAUCAGAAUGGUAGAAUAGGUAGCCUUUUGAGUCUAAUCUCUUUCUUUUAAACAUUAAUGCUUUUGAGAGUCCUUCAUAUUUUACUUUGUAUCACUAGUUUAUUCCUUUUAAGUGUUUAUUGAUAUUCCUUCAUCUAGCUCUCUCAUCCUUUGUUUACCCUUAAGACUUAAACAUCUAGAAAACCAGGUAAAAUCAAUGAUUCGUAGCAUUGUUUCAUCAAUUUUUAAUUCUGCAAUUACUGUUAAAUUUUACCGGAUAGAGUGCCAAGCUACAUAGUCUUGAAAUUUGGUAACUCUCUACCUUCUACCAAACCCUAUUCCUCUUGCCUUGAUAUUUGAAUUAAUCCUGAAGGAUAAACAGUACAAAAUUCCAGUUGGAAACUGGUCAUAAAAAUAAGUAGCCAAUAUGGUUAUUUGGAAUACUGUCUAAAUGGGACGCCUGGGUGGCUCAGCAGUUGAGCAUCUAUCUGCCUUUGGCCCAGGGCAUGAUCCCAGGAUUUGGGAUUGAGUCCCACAUCAGGCUCCCUGCAUGGAGCCUACUUCUCCCUCUGCCUCUCUCUCUGCCUCUCUCUCUGUGUCUCUCAUGAAUAAAUGAAUAAAAUCUUUAAGAAAAAAAAAAGGAAUACUUUCUUAAGAUAGCACACUUCAAAUCUAGACAUGAAAUCAAAAAGUACAUCGAAUAAACCUCUGAUCUUGUACUAGAUGGUCAGCAUUUUCUAUAGCUCAAUAUCAUUUAAUUAAGAGAUUUAAAAUUAUAUCAAAGAGGAAAUAUUUUUAGCUAAUCAUUUUAGGAUUAUUUUUAAAUAUAUGCCUUAAAUUUGACUGACAAGAAAUUCAUGGAGUAAGAAUAGAAAAUUAAACUAUUCUCUGCCUGUCUUUUUUUUUUUUUAGAGUUAAACUGUUUGCUUAAUUUCUUAAUAAUUUGAGUAAUGCUAGAACAAAUAAGUCCUAGAUCUCUACUGUAUUCACUGUUUCUCCCUCAUUUACAUGCAUGGACAGAAAGAAAGGCAUUAUUUUCCUCCCUGUGCUGUGGCAUGUAGUGGCCUGCCAUGAACACAGAUGGGUUCCUUUUUGGGCUGAGGAGUUUUGUAGGCUUGAGGUCAUCUGACAAUCUACUUAUCCCGAAUUUUCUUAUCUUGUCCCUGUUCCAUCUCUUUACAUCCUUUCCUUAAGUAAGAAGAACCAAACUUACUUUGAUCUUAAAACUGCAGGUCAUAUACAGUAUUUUAAUGUGAAAAAAAGGACUUAAAUAAAACCAUUGAAACCAUGACAGUUGACUCUACUACAAAAGAUUUUUAAAAAGCAUUCUGCAGAGCCAUAUAGGUGCCAGAUUUCUACUGAGUGAUAAUCACCGGUUCCAACAAAAUAAUAAAAGGAAGUCUCUUCAUUUAAAAUACUUAUAUGUAAAUAUUUCAAGUGUCUUAUACUUUUUCUGAACCCAGUAAAACUGGUUUAUAAGUCAGGAUUAUUUGGUUUCACUCAUCUUUUAAUGAAUAGUAUAGCUGGUUAUUUCACAAGAAAUCAAUACUUAUAAUAAUACCUUGCAUUUCUCUUAACAGGGUAAGUCUUAUUAUCCUCAUUUUGUAAAUAACAAUUCCCAAUGAAAAGUUUUAAAGAUCACUGAACUCUGGUUACAAAUGGCAAAAGCCUUAAGAAAGUGACCCACAGACUCCAAAAUGGAAUGGGAAAGACAAGAGUACAUUUACACACUCUGAUGUGAUGUAUAUUAUUCCUGUGUAGACCCAUGUCCAGUAUGAAUGUUGGGCAACCCACAUUCAUAGUGGUCUACCAGACUGAAUUUUGUUUUAUUAAUGUUUCUUUGACAAUACCUAACUCUUCUUUUGGCUUUUAUUCACUCUGGUAAAGUUUAUUUGACGUGCCAAGGGGGCUGAGAUUUUAGAUCUGUACUUCUCGAUUUGUCUGUGAAGAAGGACCCAUACCCCACCAUCAGUUUUGAGCAAAUAUUUAAGUUGAAUAAAAUAAAAAUAAAUUAAUUUUAAAAAUCAUUUUUUGUUGCUGCAGCAGAUGUCACAUUGUCUGAAAGCCUUCUAAAUGAUUACUCCCAAUUAUCUGAAGGUUGGUUUAAAAAAAAAUUGACACUGGUCCUUUUUGAAAAACAUAUAGACCACUUGUGGAAAUUCUUGCCUUGACCCAGGAGUCUCAAGCCACUGUUUUAAGAAUCACUGCAUCCAGAGCAUGCUUAUCUCUCUCUGUUACUGAGAUUUUCAGGAGAAAAGAACCCCAGGUUCUUUUUGCACUUUGAUGACUUCCAACUCCCAUUCAGCCAGUUUAUCCGAAGAUGUACUAAAACAGAUAGUCAUUACUAGCAUUGAGCUUGCAGACCCAUGAUGUUAGUAUAUAAGAAAGUCAACUUUUUCUUUCUGCAGUUGCUCUAUUUAUGAGCGUGAUGAUACUAGAUACUUUUGAUCAAAUAUGAAUGGUGACUUCUUUGGAAGGAACUUCUGUGGCACUAUAUAUUGCCUGGAUUCAGGGUGCCCUGUCAGGGGGACCCCAGUUUGAACGGAUAAUGUGGAUGUUUGUCCUGUUCCCAAGCAUAUUUGUUUGCAAGGAUGUUAUAUUGUCCUAUGUAAGUAUAAAUCACUGUUUCCAUUACGAGUAUAAAUGAAGCUUCUCUUUUAUGAUUCAGGCUACCAGCAGAGUUCUAAAUCUUGCUUACCUGGACCUCUUCCACCAGAAGAUGCUGCCGGCAAGGUACUGGACCGCUGGGCCAUCAUGUCUCGAGAAGAGGAAAUCAUCACCCUUCAGCAGUUUCUGCGGUUUGGAGAAACCAAGUCCAUUGUGGAGCUGAUGGCAAUUCAGGAGAAGGAAGGGCAGGCCGUAGCUGUACCGUCUUCAAAAACAGACUCAGACAUAAGGACUUUCAUUGAGAGCAAUAAUCGCACCCGGAGUCCCAGCCUUCUAGCUCACCUAGAGAACAGCAACCCUUCCAGCAUUCAUCACUUCGAAAACAUCCCCAACAGCCUUGCAUUUCUGCUUCCAUUCCAGUACAUAAACCCAGUCUCAGCCCCACUGCUAGGAUUGCCUCCAAACGGGUUACUGUUGGAGCAGCCAGGACUGAGGCUGCGGGAACCCAGCCUUUCAACCCAGAAUGAAUACAAUGAGAGCAGUGAAUCUGAAGUAUCUCCCACACCUUAUAAGAAUGAUCAGACUCCCAAUAGAAAUGCCCUGACCAGCAUUACUAAUGUGGAGCCCAAAACCGAGCCAGCCUGUGUAUCCCCCAUUCAGAAUUCUGCCCCAGUCAGUGAUCUGACCAAAACUGAACACCCAAAAAGCUCAUUCCGGAUUCACCGGAUGAGAAGGAUGGGGUCAGCCUCCAGGAAAGGAAGAGUGUUCUGUAAUGCAUGUGGGAAGACGUUCUAUGACAAAGGUACUCUCAAAAUUCAUUACAAUGCUGUUCACCUGAAGAUCAAACACCGAUGCACCAUUGAAGGUUGCAACAUGGUCUUUAGCUCCCUCCGAAGCCGAAAUCGCCACAGUGCAAACCCUAAUCCUCGCCUUCACAUGCCCAUGCUACGAAAUAACCGAGACAAAGAUUUAAUUCGGGCCACAUCAGGAGCUGCCACCCCUGUCAUAGCAAGUACAAAAUCAAAUCUCACACUCACAAGCCCUGGCCGGCCCCCAAUGGGUUUUACCACUCCCCCACUAGACCCUGUCUUACAGAAUCCUCUGCCUAGCCAGCUGGUGUUUUCUGGGCUAAAGACUGUACAACCAGUUCCUCCAUUUUAUAGAAGUUUACUCACUCCGGGGGAAAUGGUGAGCCCUCCAACCUCCCUCCCAACCAGUCCCAUCAUUCCAGCCAGUGGUACCAUAGAGCAGCACCCGCCACCACCCUCUGAGCCCAUAGCACCUGUAGUGAUGAUGGCCACUCAUGAGCCCAGUGCGGACCUGGCACCCAAGAAGAAGCCCAGGAAGUCCAGCAUGCCUGUGAAGAUUGAGAAGGAAAUCAUUGAUACCGCUGAUGAGUUUGAUGAUGAAGAUGAUGACCCCAACGAUGGUGGGGCUGUGGUCAACAAUGUGAGCCAUGACAAUCAUUGCCACUCCCAAGAGGAGAUGAGUCCAGGCAUGUCUGUGAAGGACUUUUCUAAACAUAGCAGGACCCGGUGCAUUUCAAGGACGGAAAUAAGAAGGGCUGACAGCAUGACUUCUGAGGACCAAGAACCUGAGCGGGACUAUGAGAAUGAGUCAGAGUCUUCAGAGCCCAAACUAGGUGAGGAGUCAAUGGAAGGGGAUGAGCACAUUCACAGUGAAGUGAGCGAGAAAGUCCUAAUGAGCAGUGAGAGGCCCGAUGAGAACCACAGUGAGCCUUCUCACCAAGAUGUCAUCAAGGUGAAGGAAGAAUUUACAGAUCCCACUUAUGACAUGUUUUACAUGAGCCAGUAUGGACUGUACAAUGGUGGGGGUGCCAGCAUGGCAGCCCUGCAUGAAAGUUUUACAUCGUCUCUGAAUUAUGGCAGCCCUCAAAAGUUCUCCCCAGAAGGUGACCUGUGUUCUAGUCCAGAUCCCAAAAUCUGUUACGUGUGCAAGAAGAGUUUCAAAAGCUCCUACAGUGUGAAGCUUCACUACAGGAAUGUUCACUUAAAAGAGAUGCAUGUCUGCACGGUGGCUGGCUGCAAUGCUGCCUUCCCCUCUCGCCGAAGCAGAGACAGACACAGUGCCAACAUAAACCUGCAUCGCAAACUGUUGACCAAAGAACUCGAUGACAUGGGCCUGGACUCAGUGCAGCCCUCCCUUAGCAAGGACCUUCGGGAUGAAUUUUUGAUGAAGAUCUAUGGUGCCCAGCACCCCUUGGGGCUCGAUGUCAGGGAAGACGCCUCCUCUCCCGCAGGGACUGAAGACUCCCACCUGAAUGGGUACGGGAGAGGCAUGGCAGAGGACUACAUGGUCCUUGACCUGAGCACCACCUCCAGCCUCCAGUCCAGCAGUAGCAUCCAUUCCUCCCGAGAAUCCGACGCAGGCAGUGAUGAGGGGAUUCUUCUCGACGACAUUGAUGGGGCGAGUGACAGUGGGGAGUCCGCACACAAGGCCGAGGCCCCUGCCCUCCCUGGCAGUCUCGGGGCUGAAGUCUCAGGAUCUCUGAUGUUCAACAGCUUGUCCGGGAGCAAUGGUGGGAUCAUGUGCAACAUUUGCCACAAAAUGUACAGCAACAAGGGGACUCUGAGAGUGCACUACAAAACUGUGCAUUUGCGAGAAAUGCACAAGUGCAAAGUCCCUGGUUGCAAUAUGAUGUUUUCCUCUGUGCGAAGCCGAAAUCGGCACAGUCAGAACCCUAAUCUCCACAAAAACAUUCCCUUCACUUCAGUAGAUUAGUCUCAGAACGGACACUACAGAUGCCAGCUCUCACCAGAUGGCCUACAUAUUUGAACUGCCAUAGUCAGUGUGUGCUUGUGUACCUGGGUGGGUGUGGGUGUGGGUGUGUACAUAUGUAGACCUCUGAGUCUACAUAUAUACACACACACAUAUUUUCUUUUAUUUAGAUAUAAAAAGAUAAACACUAGGUGCUUUUGAAAUUGUUUUCUUUUUCCUUUAUAGUUUUGGGAAAGGGGUGGAAUCUUUAAUUUGAGGGUAAAAACAAAGUACCCUUAAAACACACAUACACACACAAACAUAAAGUGUGCAACUAGCCCAAAUUCUGACAGAAUAAGAAUUCUUGGUCCUGUCCAGAGGGACAAUUUGUUGUACCCAUGACUGUUGCCUGCAAAAAAAUAAAAGGGAAAAAAAGAAAAAAGAAACAAAAAAGGAACUUCUUAUAGUUGUCUUUUGUGAACUUUAAGGUUUUGAGAGGAUCUUCAAUUAAAGCAUGGCAGAUUCACCUGUAAAUAUUUAGCCUUGAGAGGCCAAUGAUGUAAAGCAAUUGUAUUGAUGGUUGUUUAACUCUUUUGUUUAAUUUUUACAGUUACAUCCAGCUGUUAGAUAUGCAGGAAAAAAAUAGUUUGCUGGCUAGCUCUAUUCAUUUAUGUUAGCAUUAAUGCACAUUUAAAAAAAAAAAAAACAUGGUCUUGUUUUUACUACCUGCUAGAUAUAGUGAUAAAGAGGUGCUGGCAUGCUUUACAGCACAGAUCUGAUUUUUUAAAAUGUCCUGUACUAGUACAUAAAUCCAGUCAUGCACUUUUUUUCGUACACUACAAGGGGAUGUGUAAUAUCCAUGCUUCUUUCUUAUCCUUAAACUAUUGCCAUACUUCAAGUAAGUGUCUUUUUUAAAAAAAAUUCACUUGUAUAAAAAUGGUCUGGUCAGUAUAGGGCACAAAUGCCAAACAAAAGUAUUAGUGUUAACACAAAACUGCCAACUUUGCACAAGUUUCCAGAAAAGAAAAUACAAUUAGUCACUCAGCAUAACCACAGGCCAAUUUGUCGGCCACCAGAAAACCGCUUUAAAAAAAAAAAAACACUUGGUGAUUCUUUCAAGUGCCGAAUGUUAUUAGAAUCAACAUUGCAUCCUUCUUGCUUAUAUGUUAAGUUACAUAAAAGGAAAACAAAAUUAUGUGGUGUGAAACAGCCAAGGCAUUUAGUCUUCAGAGGCAGGAUAAUAUUUCAGGAUACAAAAGCCCAAAUUACUCACUAUGGAACAAAGCUGAAUACAGUAAAAGUGUUGAACACUCAUUUCUAAGGACCUAACCCUUCUCCUUUAAAAAGAAAGAAAGAAGUCUGAACUGGGUUGGUCUGUUGUAUGGCUGUCUAAUUUGUUACAAGUUCUGCAGUAGUCCUAUGAUUCAGGCCUGUUUGAUAGACAAAAUCAAAAGACAUUUCACAGCGGCAGUACUUGGAAGCUUUGAAAACAUGUGCUGAACUUGAAUUGAGCAACACUCCUUUCUGAAAAGCCAGACGAAGGGGGGUUUAAAAUAGGAUCUCUCACUGUUGAGUGUUUUGUGUUUCCCCACAUGAUUUGUCAGAGAGAAAUGAAAGCAAGCCUGAAACCAAGCAAUUGAGAGUGAGAAAGAGGGGGAGACGAUUCUCCAAACCUUUUUUGUUUUGUUUUGUUUUGUUUCCGAUGUUUACACAUGUUGCCUGAGCUGGUUAACCACAUGGGCAGCCCUCAGCUACCACAACAUACUGACUAAAUGAUGAUAUUUACUCAAGUUCGGUCUGUAGCCAAAACCAUUAGGAUGUGCAUUGCAGACUGUGUUUUGUUGUCUUUUUUUUUCUUUUUUCUUUUUUUUUUAAAUGGGGGGGGACAGAUAAACAAGGAAUAUUUUGUCUAACAGUACACAGUAACUUAAAGAGAAUGUAUUUCUUUUCUGCAUUUAAUGGCCUCAAACAUUUCUCUCAUCGGUCUCAAAGUUAGAAAUACCCCUUUGUUUGAACUUUGCAUGUUUCCAUUUUUCAUAUGUUUUGUUAUUAUUUUUUCUGUGUUCACAUCAGCAUUCACUUCCGUUAAAUUUGCCAAAGGAAACUGUUAAUAUGUUUCUGUUGUUGUUAUUAUUCCUGUAGGAUUUAUUGUACCUCACAGUAUUUAUUGUUUCCAAAAAUAAGCAUCAUUAGUUGAGGAUUCAGUAUUUUUAUUUGUAAAAAUUUCAGAAACAAUAGAUUCUUAAAGAUAAGCUAGACUUGUCUAGAAGCUUCAUCUUUUCAUCUCCUUCAGAGGAUGCUAUGGGGUUCGUUUAAUUCAUUUGUUCUCCAGUGAGGAAAGACCAAAAGUAUUCACAGUACAAAAGAAACCAUAUCAAACACUAUGUCUGUUAAAUGACAAAUGUUUACGGUAAAAAGCUGAGGAAUUAGUAAUAACCAUUUUUGUUUUCUUGUACCUUUGAAUUCCCCAAAGUCUUAAUUGCUUUAUUUUGGUGUUGUGUUAAAUUGAAUAGACAGAGAUGUUUUCCUUUGUUUUAUACCAUAUAAGACUAUGUACAGUAUGUUUGUGAAAAAUUGAACUAGAAUAAUGAAAGUUUGUUUGCAAACAUUUUGGUCCUCUUAGCGUUCUCUGUGUUGCGCUGUUGCCCCAUUACCAAAUGAUUCAAUUCAAAAAGGGUGGAAAAAAUAUUUUUAGUAUCCCAACAAAAGAUUAGGGAAACACUAGCUUUUCAAUUGUGAUAGACUGAAUUACACCUCGUUUUACGAAAAUAACACAUUUUUAUUUCAGUAAUAUUUAAAAGUUACACUCUUGUUUGAGAUAUUAGAACUCAUCUUGUACAGAAUCAAUGUUUAGUCUGUUUAAUUUAAUGUCAACUAAAAGGUCAAAUAGCCCUAGUGGGUGAAUUACUUAGCUGUCAGCAGGUCACAUCAGCAAAUGAACCCGGCUUAGAACAAAUGUUUGUUACUUGCCACAAACUGGGCUAAUGUGAAGAGCCAUUUAGAAUAGUCCAGAAGUAAUGAGAUUCUCAAAGUAGAAUUUCCCUUGCUCAGAAACAGGAACAUGUUCACCCUGAGAUUUGCCAGAGAAAUGGCAAGGAGUCCUGGACAACUGGCUCUUUUUAAGCAUCUCGCCUAUUUGCUACUUACUACUUUUGUGCCUCAAGUGCCCAAAUGUUAUGGUGGCCUUCUAAAUGGAUGAAUAACACUUUCCAGUAUAAAGCCUAUUUGCUUUAAAAGGGACAGGGGCAGUGGAUGGAAGCAGUACAUAAAAUGUAAAAUUCUGAAAUGCACAAUGCUUCCUGUCCCAAAGUGUUGCUUGUUCUUGGGAUGUGUGCCUGAGUGCAGUGUUUUGACUUAACUGUAAAUCUAGUUAGGAUGGUGAUCCCAAGACUUAUUUGCAAAUGGGAAGGAAAAAAAUAUCAGCAUUUUAAUCCUGGGCCCUUCGACUUUGUCCGUUCUGACUCGUUUGUUUCUUCAUAGGAGUUUUCUACUGUGGAACAGUUUGUCUCUAGCUGCAUCCAUUCUGUGCUGGCUGAAAAUUAAUAGUGAUGCAGAUUUUCAUCCAAGUAGCUUUUACCCAUUUGAUUGAUUAUAAGCACAGUUUUGUUACAGAAAAUGAGGCAGUAUUAUUAAUGUACAUGUUCACUAGCUGGUGUUGAAACUUACUGUUUUGAUCAUUUUAAACUAUGUUUUUAUACAUAUCAGAAAGGCUUAGUCUGCUUUAGGGAAUAUCUGCAUGCUGCAGAGAGGGACGACAAAGAGCAAGAGAAAGAUGAUAAGUAAUUUGGUUUUAAAAAUGAUUAAAAAGCUUGACAUUCUUUGUUCUAUUAAUUGUAUUAAGAUAAGUCAACGCAGUGUAAUGCAUCUCAGAUCUUAGUCUAGCUGUCCAAUUCAGCCUGAUGCCUUUUAAAGGUUUGAAGGUAUUAAUGUUUUCCUUCUCCAUGUGACAAACAUUUUUUUUAAAACGUUUUUAGCACACUAGUGCCACAGCUCUUGUAGUAUGAUUUCUUUGGUCAUGAAUUUCCAGGCCCUUUUCCAGUAAGAGGAGAAAGACAUUUAACUGGUUAAUAGCCCUCUUAGUAUAUACAUUGCUCUUAAAAAAAAAAAUCUUUGAAUAUACUAAGAACAGGCUGUUGAGAGGCAUUCUCCCCAUUUUACUCAGGAGAAACCAAGCACUAGAUUCCCACCAAAUAAAAAAGUGACCUUUUGUUCCCCUUCUUAUGUAUACACCCCGGAUGUGUACCAAGCAAAUGAGAGUGGGGGCCACUGGCAAUUAAAAGACAAAGAAGCCCAUAACCAGAUUGAGGUGGACAUGCUGCUAACUGCUAACAGUUGACCUGAGCAGUCCUAACUUGUAGUUGGUCUGUUAGUGUUGGAUUAGAUUGACUAACAGUAAAUAAAACUCAACUGUCAUAAGACACACUACAUCUGCUAUCAUAAAGAAACAAGUCAUUCAGAAGAAACUUUCUUUAAUCGUCUGGAGACACUCCUUUUCUUAACUUUUAAACAAUUAUAACAAAUUACAUUUUUUAGAAACUUGGAAUAUUUAAAUUAGAGGAUUUUGCUUCUCCCUCCCAUUCUUUGUUUUCUAAUGGGAAGCGUCUAAGUGUGUAAGGAGGGCAAUAAAAGGCAGGUGCUAAAAGACAUUAGAAAGAAUGAGUUUUUCCAAAAAGCAGAGUAAGGGAUACUAAGUAAGGGAUUGGUACCUGCCCUGGUUUGGGGUAGCUAGAAAAGAAAAUAGAGAAUGAACUGUGAGUGUUGGUGCAGAAGAAAGGUCUGGUACAACUGUGCCUAGCAGCGGGUGAAAGCAUACCGGUGCACUGCCCCGCAGAGCCCCGUGACCAGGUGUUCCACAGCACCCCAGUCUGAACAACAGGGAAGGCAAAGAAAUUGCAUGGAAUAACAGGUUCCUAUGGGUCAGAAGAGCAAACAAGGGAGGUUAUGGGAUUUUUUUUCUUUGUUUUUGGUUUUGUUUUGCAGGUGGGAAGUGAUGCCAGGGUCCCUUAGGGGAGUAAAGAGAUAUGAUGGGUCACCAGGCAAAGCUGGUGGUCAAACUGUGCUCUUAAGUGUAUUUUCUCCCUUAUUACUUUUGCUUGCUCCUGUAGCCAUGAUGCCACUUGGCUAGUCUUCUUGAUCAUUUACCUUCCUAAGAAGCAUAAAACUUUUCUGUGUUCAAGUUUUCCCUCAAAACUAAACCAUGUGGUAGUCUUCCUCAUGUGAGUAUUAAGACCAUAUCUGACCCAUCUUAGACUCAUUUCUGCAUUCCCUAUAGUUGGAAAGUUGCUCCCCAUAAAGGGUAACUUGCAAUUAGUUUGUAAAUCAACCGUAAAACUGACAGGUGAAUUAGUCUGCAUUGGUCUGGCCCAAAUGUGCAUCCUUCCCUGUGUCCUUUCGUCAUCCCCAUUCUUUCCAUAUCUUGCCCAAGAUGAAGCUUGUGGUCACACGGCAAUAACUGGACAUCAAAUAUUGUCUUUUGGCAUUUGUCGAAAACUCCAAAUGCCUAAUAACGGAUUUUUUUUAGAAGAGCAUUUUUACAAGUACACCGAAUUGGAUCGGCAUUAUUGGUCAUUAUAAUGCUAUAUAUAUUUUUGAAGCAACAUACUAGACUUGUUAUAAGACUAUAUUUUUUUCCAAAGUGUUAUUGUAAAUUCAUUUGACCUUUACUGCAAAAAAAAAAAAAAUCUUUUUUAUAUAGAGUAUCAAGACAAGGCUCAGUUUGUAACAAAUAGUGGACCAUUACGAAAGAGGAGAGGAAAAAGCUGGGCUGAGCAGUGAGAAGCUUCAGUUCAAUUUCACCUCAUAUCUUUCUAAUAACUUACUUGUCACUUUAUUACCUUCCAGUAAUGUGAAUGCUGCUGACAAGACUGUCACACUAACAGCAGACAACACCCUCUCUGCUGCAGCCCCAGCUCUCCUGGCUACUUAUUGCCCUGGCCCUGAAGGGACACAAACUAAUAGUGUGCUUUCCAGUUCAGCACUUGGCCAUCAAAUAUAAAAGGAUGCGUAAUUGCCUGUUUAUCCCUUGUGAAGGGGAAAUUGAGUACAAGGGCUCGGCUUUCCCAGAGUUCCCUGAUGUACACACAUUCUCUCUCUCUCUCUCUCUCUCUCUCUCUCUCUCUCUCUCUCUCCCGCUCCUGCUCUCCCUCCCCUCCUCUUUCUCUUUCUUCUCGCCUUUCUCCCUCCCCUCCCAACAUACAAGCACAUGCACACACGCACACACACACCCCUACUAACCUGAAUCUUUGGUAAGCCCGAGGCUGCCUCUCAAUGCCCUCCCCAGCUAUUAAGUGGACAGUAACAAGAUGACUUCUUAAAUAAAGGGGCAGUCGAGAGACCCCGUGACAGCAUUCUCUGUGUCUUCAGAAACUUCAGUGUUGGAAUCCCAUGCCCACUCACUUGAGGAGUCCUGAGUGUGGCCCCCCGUGACUUGAGCAUAAUUUCCCACAAGUCAGUGGCGUAACAGAAUUAGAUCACCCCAUGUUCUGGAAGGAAAGCAUUAAAAUAUUUUUCUUUCCCUUCAAAAACUACAUAUGUUGGAAACAGAUUGGUUGUGCAUGGUGGUCAAAAGUUGUUGUUGUUUUAGCUUUGGCAGCUCACCAUGGGUCUAAUGGACACACGUACCUUGAAGUGACAACCUCCCAAUCCAUAGUGUGACAUUGACCAAUCAAUGCUCAUUUUGUUAAACUGGACUGACAAUCUAAAAAAAAGUGGGGGUGGGGUGGCGGGGAGGAUGGGGCUUUUUACUUUAAUUACUAAAACAGGGACUACCCUAUAUGUAAAAGGUAAGUUCUCCACUUUGGGAGACUUUUGAUAACUAGAAGUACAGUGAGCUUUACAGACUGAAGGGACGAGAGGAUGAAAGGUACAAAGGAGGAAUGCACAAAAACGUUGUAUUCCAAAAUACCUUGAGCCCAAGCGGUAUGUAAGUAUCGGCUGCUAUUUUUGUAUCGUGAACUGUUCUGAACGGCGAGAUGGUGGCUGAAAAGUGGCUAGGUAGUGGCCAAGUGAAGUGCAAGAUGAAUCUGUGUGUCCUCCUUGAGGAACUAGGGGACCCCAUGACACCUUCCAGCCUCCUAGACGCCAGUCUGCCAGAAGCCGUUGAACCCUGCCACCAACAGUCACAUCACAAAUAUAUUUGUCAGCCGAAUGAGGUGCAUGCAGGUGUCCUCUCUGAUGUGAACUUUUGGAAAGACAAAAGCAGGAGACGUAGAGAUAGCCUAACUGGUCUUUGUCAACAAAUCUGUGCAAAAUAAUUUCAUGAGCCAGUCUGAGGACUGGGAAGAAAAGCACUUUGAACAGGAUUCUUGGGGUGAGAGAAUAAGCAGUUGGCUUGAUGUUUUGUCAGUUCCCCCGUCUAUGUAUAUUACAAUCAUUUAUCAAACAUCUUCAUACCAUCUUAAAUGAAUUAAAAAUUCAGUUGCCAAAAUUGCACAGAAUCUGCUAACUAGUAUUAGCUUUUCCCCUUGAAAUUAACAGGGAUGUUUGAGGACACUUCUAAUGUUUUCUUUUUAAUGCUUUUUAAAAAAAAAAGUUUCAUUUAAAAAAAAUCUUUGAAGGGAAGGAAGAGCAGAAAAAUGUAUUUUAACAAAAAUGGAGACAUAGAUAGUAUAAAAAUAUAUUUCUUGGAGAGAAAGAGAGUAUCUAAAUGCUAUACCGAGACUUUAUAAGGCUUCCUGUUGCCAAAUGUGAUGUUGAAAUAACGCACAAGGAAGAAGGUGAAUCAAUCCAUUAUUAACUGGCUCUGCCCACUUCUGUUGCGGAACACAAGGAUUGAGAGGUGACCCUGGGGAGCCCCUGGAUAUGUGAGAGCCCUGUCAGCUGGCCCUGUAAGUGUUUUCCAACAGAAGGGGAGACAGGCCAGCCCCCUGGGUGUCCCCCAGCGAGGGGAGCCGGCCCGGCUCAGGCACAACUUCUGAGAGGCCCCGCUGCCUGCCUCUUCCAUGCUAGGACACAAAGCACCCCCCCCCCACCCCCGCCAGUGAAUCAGUGCUGCAGCUGCGAGGAGCAUUGAUUCACGGGGUCUGAGGCUCCUCAACUCCCAGACAAUGUGCUGAGUUAAUAGGUUCACUUGAGAUGUAUAACUAAGGUUGAUUGUUUAUUUUUUUCAUCUAGUACUCAAUUUGGAGCAUUUUUGCAUGUAUCUGUACAGAGUAAUCCAUUCCUCUCAUUGCCUAUCUUAAUCUCUCCUGACUUUUCCAUUCUCUUUCUACUCCCGCCCUGUGCUCUCCUUCUGAUCUCACCUACACCCUUAAAAAAAAAAAAAAAAUCCUUGCUGAAGUGAGAAGAUAGAACACUGCCUCCUUCGUCCUGCAUUUGAUCACUUUGGAAAUGUGUGUGUUCCCUCCUAUCCAGGGUUUACAUAACAUGAAUCGAGUGAAUUAAAUGUUCUAGUAUUCUGUAUCAACCCGAUAGGACUAUCUAAGAUUUACAAUAGAUGGUGCACUUGCUUUCCUGUGCAAACUUUGGUUCAGCUGCCCUGCAGAGAAGUCUCACCAUUUUCCUACCAGUGCCAGUAAAAAUAAAAUAAAAUAAAAUAAAAUAAUAAAAUAAAAUAAAGUGCAGGAGAGCUAAAUGUGGAUGCAUGGAAGUGUUGGGAGGUCAAGGAAGGUCAAAGAACCAGGAGAAGGCUUUGGUCUGAGGCCACCUGGGCAUGAGGCUCUGGGAGAGAAAGCUCUCUGUUCUCCCCUGCGGGUCACGGGCUAGUCCUUCUAGAACUAGCAAGAUCCCUCACACAGUGGGGAGAACACAUGACUUUCUGAUUCACCCCGAGCCCACCUGUGUGUCUCAGUAACAAAAACAUUUGACUCGACCUGCAUAUUUGACAGCAGAAGUGGCCAAAGGGAACGGAAAUAUCUUGAGGAGGAGAAAUUCUCACCAAGAUACGUCCUCUCCCUCCCCCAGAGUUUGGGGGUCUGUGCUUUGUCCCUGUCGUCCCCUCGGCCUCCAAGCCGUCUCUUUGGCUAAAGCCCGUUGGGGAGCCAAGGCUGCUCCGGCCGCCGGCGGCAUCCCCGCCCGUGUGCUACCCGUGGCGUCGUAGCUUCAGAAAUACUGUGUGUACCUUGAGCAAGAGUUUCGUUUCUGUUUUGUUUUGCUUUUUGGUUUGUUUUGAUUAGUAGUCUAAGGGAAUUAAAAUUUCUUUAUUUGCUGUUUCCUUUGUUGUAUUUUCUGUACUAUAACUGUCUACAGUAUGUCUUUUGCAUAAAAUGCAUAAGGGUUUGGGGAUGUAAAUGGAAUUUUAUUCAUAUUUUGUCCAAAUACCUCUUGUAAUUUGUAUCAGAAUUCUUGUACAAUUUUUAUAUUAAAGAUUUAUCAGUCACUGA